AUGCCUAGCAGAGUUCAUAAGGACGGUCGACGGGACGAUGAAGCACUGAGGGAAGUCCUUGCCGUCGAUGCUAAGAAUGAUGGAAUGAGGAUUUAUAGGAUCACAUUAGUAAGGACUUUGCCAAGGCUAUCCGAUGUUACUACGAAUGCAUCAUGA